AUGCUAACCGCUGUUUGUGGCUCUCUGGGCAGCCAGCACACUGACACGCCUCACGCCUCCCCACCGCGCCUGGACCUGCAGCCUCUCCAAACAUACCAGGGCCACACCAGCCCGGAGGCCGGGGACUACCCCUCCCCGCUGCAGCCUGGAGAGCUGCAGAGCCUCCCGCUGGGCCCAGAGGUGGACUUCUCCCAGGGCUAUGAGCUGCCAGGGGCCUCCUCGCGGGUAACCUGCGAGGACCUGGAAAGCGACAGUCCCUUGGCUCCGGGACCCUUUUCCAAGCUCCUGCAGCCGGACAUGUCGCACCAUUACGAAUCGUGGUUCCGGCCCACCCACCCAGGUACGGAUGAUGGCUCCUGGUGGGACCUACACCCAGGCACCAGCUGGAUGGACCUCCCUCACACUCAAGGCGCACUGACCUCCCCUGGCCAUCCGGGGGCGCUUCAGGCCGGUUUGGGGGGCUAUGUGGGAGACCAUCAGCUUUGUGCGCCGCCACCCCACCCUCAUCCGCACCACCUCCUCCCAGCAGCAGGAGGGCAGCACCUUCUGGGGCCACCCGAUGGGGUGAAGGUCUUGGAAGCGGCCGCCCCAGAGCCUCAGGGGCUGGAUUCCGGUCUGGAUGGGGCGGCCAGACCCAAAGGUUCCAGGCGGUCAGUGCCUCGCAGCUCAGGCCAAACCGUGUGCCGUUGUCCCAACUGUUUAGAGGCUGAGCGACUGGGGGCUCCGUGCGGCCCCGAUGGGGGUAAGAAGAAACACUUACACAAUUGCCACAUACCAGGCUGCGGUAAGGCCUAUGCCAAGACGUCGCACCUGAAGGCACACCUGCGCUGGCACAGCGGUGACCGUCCCUUCGUGUGCAACUGGCUCUUUUGCGGCAAGCGCUUCACGCGCUCCGACGAGCUGCAACGCCACCUCCAGACCCACACGGGCACCAAGAAGUUCCCCUGUGCAGUUUGCAGCCGUGUCUUCAUGCGCAGUGACCACUUGGCCAAACACAUGAAAACCCACGAAGGCGCCAAGGAGGAGGCUGCCGGAGCGGCCACUGGUGAAGGCAAGGCUGGUGGAGCAUCAGAGCCCCCUGGGGGCAAGGGCAAGCGGGAGGCCGAGGGCGGCUCGGCACCAUCCAACUGA